AUGGCAUCUUUUGACCCCAAAGUGACGACCCGUGUGCUGACUCAGCCAGUUAUCGCGAUGAUCAGCGAUAACCUUUCUUCUCGCCAAGACUCUCACCUCGGAUCUUUUACAAGACACAGGAGAGACUUGUCUGCCAACCCGCAGGCCGCAAAUGUUACCAGCAAGGUCUUCGUCAGGUCCACGAAAAGUGGAAAGGUACAAAAGAUUGUCCGCGAGCUCUAUUUGAGAGAAGAUAUUCCUUGCUCUUCUAAGCUCUGUUCACAAUGCCCGACUAUCGCGCCGGCUGAUGCCAAUGGAAACAUUGCGCCGUUCAUCCUAUCCGAUCGCCCCGCCGGCACAAAGGCAUUCCCGCGAGGCCACUAUCUUGUUCCAGAUACAAAUGCGCUGCUUAAUGGAAUGGAUCUUUUCGAGCACACUGGGGCCUUUUACGAUGUUAUUGUCCUCCAGACCGUCCUCGAGGAAUUGAGAAACCGAUCGCUACCACUCUACAACCGUCUUCUAGCUCUCGUAAAGUCGGAGGAAAAGCGCUUCUAUCUCUUUUUCAAUGAGUUCCGCCGAGAGACUCAUGUGAGGAGAGGUCCGGAGGAAACAAUCAAUGACAGGAAUGAUCGCGCUGUGCGGGAAAAAGAGAAAGCGAUCCCAGCAAUUGUAGUCAUCACCGAUGACAAGGAGAACCUUCGGAAAUGCAAGGAAGAAAAUGUGGCGGCCUUGUCGCUAUCUGACUAUGUCUCCGGUUUGGAGGGAUCCGAGAUGUUGCUGGAUAUGAUCAGCGAGUCAAAAGAUGCGCGGGAUGCCAAAGAGGCGACUCGCGGGGAAUUAUUCUACCCCGAAUACUUUUCAAUGUCAAAACUCACGACUGGCUUGCGAGCUGGGACACUGCACCAAGGAGUGUUCAAUGUUUCUCCUUACAACUACCUGGAAGCCUCCGUCAAGACCGCAGCUUUCGAUAAACCUCUUCUCAUUCUGGGACGUGAUAACAGUAACCGCGCUAUUGCAGGUGACUCGGUCGUGGUUGAAGUACUGCCAAAGGAUCAGUGGAAAAGCCCCUCGACCAAGAUUGUGGACGAGGAGGCCGUGACCCGUAAUGAUAACCCUGAUACCGAAGAGACCGAGGCUGUGGUGACAGAUAGAGAACGCAAAGCUCUCCAGGAAGAAGUCAAGAAGGCCCAUGGCAAGAACUCGGAUGGCAAGCCACAACCCACCGCCAAGGUUGUUGGUGUGAUCAAGCGCAGCUGGCGUCAAUACGUUGGUCACGUUGACUCAAAUUCUACUGGCUCACAGGCCUCCGGCAGACGGCAACAAAACGUUUUCUUACUGCCUAUGGAUAAGCGUAUCCCUAAGAUCAGAGUACGCACAAGACAGGCUAGCGAGAUUCUCGGCCAGCGUAUCCUUGUCACCAUCGAUUCUUGGGAGCGUGAUUCCAGAUACCCUACCGGUCACUUCAUUCGGUCUUUGGGAGAGCUCGAAACUAAGGGGGCCGAGACCGAGGCUCUUCUGCUUGAGUACGACGUACAGUACAAGCCGUUCCCCAAGUCUGUAUUGGACUGCCUACCAUCCGAAGGACAUGAUUGGAAGGUCCCUGCCUCGAAGGAAGACAAGGGCUGGAACGGCCGGAAAGAUCUUCGAGACUUGCUUAUUUGCAGUAUCGAUCCACCUGGCUGUCAGGAUAUUGACGACGCACUUCACGCGCGCCUCCUACCAAAUGGAAAUUUUGAGGUUGGUGUCCACAUUGCGGAUGUGUCGCAUUUCGUCAAGCCCAACAACCCAAUGGAUCUCGAGGCCAGUGUUCGCGGAACCACUGUUUACCUAGUCGAUAAGCGUAUCGACAUGCUUCCACAUCUUCUUGGCACAGACCUGUGCUCCCUCAAACCCUAUGUUGAACGAUAUGCCUUCUCGGUUUUGUGGGAGAUUACUCCUGACGCUGAGAUAGUGUCUUCAGACUUCACCAAGUCAGUCAUUCGUUCCCGAGAAGCAUUCAGUUACGAACAAGCUCAAUUACGUAUCGACGACAAAUCACAGCAGGACGAGCUGACCCAGAGCAUGCGCACCCUCUUGAAAUUCUCCAAGGUUCUCCGUCAGAAGCGUAUGGACGCUGGUGCAUUGAACCUUGCCUCCCCGGAAGUCCGCAUCGAAACAGAGGGUGACGAAGUGGGCGAUCCUUUGACGGACGUCAAGACUAAGGCUACGCUCGACACUAAUAGCUUGGUUGAGGAGUUCAUGCUUCUCGCCAACAUCACCGUUGGCUCUAAGGUCUACGAGUCCUUCCCUCAAACAGCCUUGCUACGUCGACACGCUACUCCCCCACCUCAAAAUUUCGAGGAUCUUCAAAACCAACUCUCGAAGAAGCGGAACAUGGAACUUGAUGUCUCCAGCUCGCGAGCUCUGGCUGAUUCUUUGGACCGCUGCGUCGACCCCAAGAACCCAUUCUUCAACACCCUUGUCCGUAUCUUGGCAACCCGUUGCAUGACCUCUGCCGAGUACUUCUGCGCGGGUGCCUUUGCCGAAUCUGAAUUCCGUCAUUACGGUCUCGCUUCCCCCAUCUACACCCACUUCACUUCGCCUAUUCGACGAUAUGCCGAUCUGAUGGUUCACCGGCAAUUGGCUUCUGCAAUUGGUUAUGAAGGCGAGGAUGGACAUGCAGUCAUCGAGGGUGUCAGCACCCGCAACAAGCUAGAAGACAUCUGCCGAAACAUCAACGUCCGUCACCGCAAUGCACAGCAUGCCGGCCGCGCUAGUAUUGAGUACUACGUGGGCCAGGCUCUCAAGGCCCGUGGAGAGAAGAUGGCCGCCGACGGUGUCGAUGCGGGCAUUGAAGAAGAAGGCUAUGUGAUGCGUGUGUUUGAGAACGGUGUUGUCAUCUUUGUUCCUCGCUUCGGCAUUGAAGGUGUCGUUCGUUUGGAGGACUUCGUCCUUCCCGGCGAAUCUGGAGCUCGUUCUGUCGCGGAGAGACGGGAGCUAGCUCCUCACCGCACCACAGACUUUGAUAGCGAAGAAUACACCCUUCGUGUGGAAGAGAAGGGUCACCCAGAGAAAGAACGCAGUGUGACGGUUGAACUUUUCCAAAAGGUUCGUGUCAAUGUCAGCUCCGUUAAGGAAGAGGGUCGCGGCGCCGGCAAGAGAAGGGUCCGAAUUCUGGUUAUGGAGGCAUGA